AUGCAGCCAUCGCGCAUUGCGGUUCCACCUCAUGAGGGUGCAAGUCUCUCGAACACUGCUUCAAGAGAUUCCUACAGAGUGUCAUGGAAUGGAGACAAGGAUCUCGAAAAUCCAAUCAACUGGUCGCCAGCACUUCGUUGGGGUCAAGUUGUCCUGAUAUCCUUGUUAACCAUGAUCACAUCGCUAAGUUCAGACAUGUUAGCACCCGCUGUGCCGAUGAUGAUGAAGUCUCUCAACUCCACCGAUUUGAAGCUAUCAUCGUUUGUAGUCUCCGUUUAUGUUAUCGGCUCGGCCCUCGGUCCUCUGCUCGCUUCUCCUUUGUCAGAGCACUACGGGCGCGCGAAGGUGUACAAUUGCGGCAACAUCAUCUUUCUCGGAAGCAUUGCAGGCUGCGCAUGCAGCGUCAACGUGUCCAUGUUGAUUGCCUUUAGAUUUCUUUCUGGAUUCUCAGGAGUUACCCCUCUUGCUCUUGGAGGGGGUUCGGUCAGUGAUCUUAUGCCAUCCGAGUCCCUAGGCAUGGCAAUGGCAAUAUGGGCACUAGGAUCUCUGAUACCUCCAAGUUUUGCCCCAAUUGCUGGAGGUUACCUGAGUGAAACGCUUGGUUGGAGAUGGAUAUUCUGGGUGAUCGCCAUACCAAUGGCUUUAUUGACAAUCAUUUCACCAUUUUUGCUUCGUGAGACUUAUGGUCCAAUCUUGCUUGAGCGGAAAGCGAAGAGAAUAAGACGACAGACUGGAGAUUGUAACUAUAGAGUUGACCCAGGCACUCAGACCACCUCACAUAGAGCUAUCCUGGAAGCAUUCGCUCGUCCAACCACUCUAUUUCUUAGCUCGCCAAUCAUAUGGAUUCUUGGUACGCAAUCAGCUGUGGUCUACGGAUAUCUGUAUCUUGUUUUCACCACUCUUUCCUACGUCUACCAAGACAGAUACCAUUUCUCUGCUGGGCAGUCCGGCUUAACAUACCUCGGCGAAGCUAUAGGCACUUUGCUCGGAGUUUUCACCGUAGGAGCUGCAUCCGACAAGGUGAUAAAACAACGACAAAAAGCCCAACAGACAUUGAAGCCGGAAAACUGGUUAUGGCCAACGGCCGUUGGCAGUGUUCUUAUACCAAUUGGUCUUUUCUGGUACGGAUGGACGGCCGAAGUCAAAGCGCACCCAGUAGUUCCCUUGGUGGGAUUGGGCAUAUUCGGGUUCGGCAUGAUGUCUGUUUUUCAGCCAAUUCAGGCUUACAUGGUCAAGGCAUUCCCAGUACACGCUGCCUCGGCCAUGGUCGGUGUCAAUCUCUUGCGCAGUCUAGUUGGAGCACUCCUGCCUCUGGGUGGCCAGAAGCUUUACUCGUCUUUGGGUUUAGGGUGGGGAAACAGCCUUCUGGCUUUCAUCGCGCUUGCAUUGACGCCCAGUACAUGGUUCGUGAUGCGUUUUGGCGAGCGCAUCAGAAUUCGCGGAAGCGGUGAAGAGCAAGCAGAGAGGCAAGCAGAUGGACAUGCGGAUGUGCACAUAAACGGGUGAGUAAAAGCUUACUGUGGAUGCGUAGAUACAAGCGAAAUAAGUUUCGCGUAGGCGGCAGGCCAGUGAGAGUCGUUAUGUCUACGGCUGGGAUGAGAGUAUUGAUAGCACAGAAUAUCAUGGCAUUGACGAUGUGAACAUCCAUCUGGAUUUCAUGACCGUGUAUAUAGACGUGGGAGUUGUACAAAAUAGAUAGUACAAGCCGCACUUAAAAACAGCGUAGCGGCAACCAAAUAACAGAGACCUUGCC